UGAACGUGACAAAACAAAAAUGCCAUGUGAGCCGACAAACGUUCACUAUUGACGCGUGUGCUCGUAGCAGAACCCCGACCGAAGCCUUUUACUGACACCGACCCCCGCAGAGGCUGUAGUAAACACGGAAACGCAACCCCCACCCCCCCCCUUUACAUCCGACAUGGCGCUACACGUAUCGUCUCUCUUCUACCACGUCAGAGCCCCGCUGGGCCCGCUGGGCCCGCUGCCUCGGGUCCGUGCGGACCUCUGCGCCCGGUUCAAACACGUUUCAACUCCUGGACGCCUCGGGCUGGGAGCGCAGCCAGCGGCAGGUCCUGUCCGCGGGAACGUUGAGCCCGCCCUCCGAGCGGAGCGGUCCAGACCCGGUGGCGGUUGUCCCCCCGCCGUCUCCCGGGGGACGAGAGGGUGGCCGGGCAGGGUAGCCUUCGGGGCCGCCGCCGUCCUCGGAGCGAGCGCGGUCGCGGUCGUCCGGUCUCUUCACGCCGGAAAAGUUACCGCGACGGCCCGCAAGGUUGACCUGAACUCCGCUGACGGAGACUGGAAGGAAAUCAAGGAGUCCUUGCUGUCUCUGUCUGUGAUUGACAGGCGUCAGCACUACAGGACGUCUGACUUUGUGCCACUGAAAGACGUCUCGCUGUGGACUCCCACUGCAGGCGGCUCUGAACAACCUACCAUCUACCAGAGGAAUGAAAAGUUGGACCAGAAGAUCUCCCUCUACAGUGGUGACAUCACCAAGUUGGAGGUGGAUGCUAUUGUCAAUGCAGCCAACAAGACUCUGCUCGGCGGAGGUGGAGUGGACGGAGCCAUCCACCGCGCCGCCGGUCCGAUGCUGAAGAAGGAAUGCGCCUCCCUCCACGGGUGUGACACCGGAGAGGCCAAGAUCACCUGUGGCUACGGCCUGCCGGCCAAGUACGUGAUCCACACCGUGGGGCCGAUGGCACAGGGAGGAGUGGGAGAAGAGGAGAGGAAAGCCCUGAGAUCGUGCUACGAGAAGAGCCUGACAGCAGCCACCGGAAACGCCGCCCGAUCCGUGGCUUUCCCCUGCAUCUCCACUGGAGUCUACGGAUAUCCACCGGAGCAGGCGGUGCACGAGGCGUUGGCGGCUGUGAGGGAGUAUCUGGGUGAACAUCAUGGCGAGCUGGACAGAGUCAUCUUCUGUGUCUUCUUGCCGACGGAUAAGGAGCUGUACUUGCAGACCCUCCCGCUCUACUUCCCUGCUGCAGCGGCCACAGUGAAGAGUAAACUGUGAGGGAGUGGAUUGGCCAGACGCGGUUGCUGUGGAUACGGACCGCUACGCUUCUACAUUGUGAUUCCUCCUCCUUGUUGUUAAGAGCAGAUUAAAACCUUUUUCAGCGGGAAGAAAACUCUUUAAUGGAUUUUUCAAGUGCACGCUGGCUCUUCUGCAGAUGUUGAUUAGUUCCUUUUUUUUUCCCCCACAAAUGAUUGCGAGACGUAUUGUGAAGGUGUGACAGUAUAUUUAUCAUUCUUGUGAAGAAUUUGACCUUUAGCUCGCACUCUAACUUGACCUUUCUUGUCUGUCAUCAGUGUUGCAUCAAGCAAUGAGUUAUGCGUCUUGCGCUAUUUAAAUAUUGGAAUUCCACUGUGUAAAUGUGUGCGAGACAAUGGAGGGAAAAAAAGCUCAUUAAAAUGAAUCACACAA